ACUAUUAAAGCAUUGUUGGCUUUGUGUCAACUAUCACUCUCACUUACGAAAUACAAUCGUCAUAGACUUUUGUUGUCACAACGAUUUUUUACAAUUGCACGCUACGAUAGUGCAACAGCACGACGAUCCGACGGCGGUUUCGGCGAAAGCACCUCUACGAUGAAUUCCUAACCUCACUUUUUUACUGGUUCAGCGCAUCCAGCAACCAUGUAAACCGUCGAAAACAUUCCAAUGUAUCGUACAAGUCGAUCAUUCCACAUGGAGGGUGCAUUUACGUUCAUUUCUGCCAAGUGUUGAUGAAUCUCACAGAUUCAACCCUCGGAUUUGUCUCGAUGAGACUUCUCGCGAAGACGAGUCCGUACAUCGUAGAUUGGUAGUACCGGUACGCGGAGUCGAAUCUUCUGCUAAAUCGACAUCACCAUGUCUAAGAAGUCGAGGAAGUUGGUGACUAGGUUUCACCCUACCCACGGGUCAAAGAUUUUUUUCCACGAGAAUGGCACGGUAGCAUGUCGUACUUCUAGCUUUGCACACUCCCUGGUCUUCAGUGAGAAACCACUGCAGCUAGGUGAAAUCUUCCUGGUGGAGAUUGAAAAAACGGAAAGAGGAUGGAGCGGGAAUAUGCGACUUGGACUUACCAUGAUCGAUCCAGAUUCUGUAUACGAUAGGUUGCCAGAGUAUGCCAUGCCUGAUUUUGUCAGAUUGGGUAAUACGUGGAUAUUUGCCAUUGAUACGAAGACCCACCUUCCAUGGGUUAGAUCUGAACCUACAGCAGACACAAUUGAUGGUGAAGGAAUACCAUUCGGGGAUAAGAAACUGAUCACGGAUGGAAUUAAUGUGCAAACAUCUCGUGGAGUUAUUCCAUUCAAAGCUCUUAAACCUAAUGCAAUUGACACUAACUGUAUUCUUCCUACGGAUGCUGGUAGCCGUAUUGGGAUCAUGUAUGUGCCACAGGCUGACUCUGACAAGGCAGAGUUACACUUUAUAAUAAAUGGGGAAGACCAAGGAGUGUAUGGAAGGGAUAUACCUUACAAAGAAGGAUCCGUGUAUGUUGUAAUAGAUGUAUAUGGUGCUACCAAACAAAUCAGGAUAAUUCAACUGUAUAGGGAUGCACCAACACUGCAAAGUGUCUGUCGUGAUGCUAUACUACAGUAUACCAAGAAAAAUGCAGUCGAUUUGCUUCCACUUCCGCAGGUUCUGAAAGAUUAUUUACUGCACAAGUCAUAGUGAAGACUACGUCAUUCUAUCGCGUCUCUUGACUUUAUAUUUUACCAUUGCAGUUUCAAUACUCUCUAUUGAGAGUUUUUUCAUUCAUCCAUUACUUUAGGAAAAAAAAGAUAGUUCGUGCAACGAAAUUGCUUUUAUUUUUCCAAAUACAGUAGUGCCCACAUAAGUGACCAUGCUCGGGACCGACCGCGGUCACUUAUGUGGGCAUGGUUACUUUUGAGAAUUGAACAGAGAUAAGGAAAGAGGGUAAGUACGAGUGAGAUACAAUAGUUGGCACCUAAAACCAUAUAUACAAUGUAUCGAUAACGACAGGAAUCAAAUUACGCUUGACAUGCUCGAUGUUCGAAGCCGCUUGGCUUCUAAGAAUUUGUGGAGAUAACCGCGGACAAUUAUGUGGGCAAAAAUGCGGUCACUUAUGUGGGCACUACUGUAGUUGUUACUUUCUUUUGUACAGUUUACUGUGUAUGUAGUAUUUGUUAUUUACAUUACAAUUGUAAAUUGUCGUUUGUCAUUCGCAUAAGUGCUACAUUCUAACAUAUACAUAAUGUAAGAAAUCGUUGAUAGAGCACCCGCAAGUUCUGACAAACUGACGACCAGCAUCUUCAUUGUGUUAACGUGUAUUGCUACUACAUUUUACAGUUAACAAUCAUACGAUUCUCAUUAAACCUACUCUUUCAAACCAUAAAUAUAUCACUUCUUUUUACUCUUACAAUUCAUUGUAUUCAAUAAAGACUCUGUAGAAUUAAAUUGAGCGCACUGUUAACACAUGCAAAGA